UCUGCCCAGUCCUCUCCAGCUUCAGGAGGAGUUGGAGCAGCCUGGCCCCAACCUUGUGUCCUCAUCAAGUCUUCUUCACUCCUGCUCAUGGCUGCUGCCAUGAAAGUGGCCCUGUUUUUCCUCCUCUUUGGGGUCAUCUGGACUCACAAAGUGAGCACAGAGUUUCUAGACACCACAACCACUUUGAAGAUCUCCAAAGAAGUUGUGACGUCUGUACCUGGAGAGACCUCUGCUUCUUGGGUCUCAACUUUCUCUGAGGCCCCAAACCUCAACUCAGUUACCCCCUACCCUGCAAUAACAGGAGUCCCUGAAGAGGUCAACAGCACUAGGCACCAGAUCUCCCCACCUUCCUCAGAUCUUUAUACAGCCACUGAAGUGUCCUUUUCUGGGACUCCCACUGCUGCCAGCAGUGACCUCCAUGAAUCUGAGUCAAUGGCCUCCUGGGAAGUUUCCAGCAAGGAGUCAUCAAACCUGGAAAUUAGUGCAAACAGGAACUCUGCUGAACCACUAAGACACUCUCUAGCAUUACAUGUUAUGGCUGAUCGAAUCAUGGCAACUGACACUCUGGAGACCUCUACUGUAGCCAGUGAACCUUUCACCAUCAUGGCGACUGACUCUCUGGAGACCUCCGCUGUAGCCAGUGGGCCUCUUACCACCAUGGCAGCUGACUCUCUGGAGACCUCUGCUGUAGCCAGUGGACCUCUCACCACCGUGGCAACUGGCUCUCUGGAGACCUCUGCUGUAGCCAGUGGACCUCUCACCACCAUGGCAACCGGCUCUCUGGAGACCUCUGCUGUAGCCAGUGGGCCUCUCACCAUCAUGGCAGCUGACUCUCUGGAGACCUCCGCUAUAGCCAGUGGGCCUCUUACCACCAUGGCAGCUGACUCUCUGGAGACCUCUGCUGUAGCCAGUGGACCUCUCACCACCGUGGCAACUGGCUCUCUGGAGACCUCUGCUGUAGCCAGUGGACCUCUCACCACCAUGGCAACUGGCUCUCUGGAGACCUCUGCUGUAGCCAGUGGACCUCUCACCACCAUGGCAACUGGCUCUCUGGAGACCUCUGCUAUAGCCAGUGGGCCUCCCACCAUAAUGGCGGCUGACUCUCUGGAGACCUCCACUGUAGCCAGUGGACCCUCCACCAUCAUGGCGACUAACUCUCUGGAGACCCCCAAGGGGGCCAGUGGCUUCCCCAUCUCCACGGUAAAAAUAUUCACCAAUAGAACCAGUGGGGAUUCCCAACCUCUAGGUCAGGAGUUAAAUCGCACCCAGCUGGUGGCUGUGCUGGUGGCUGUGCUGGUGGUCAUUGUCCUCUUGGGCCUACUCCUGCUGUGGCGCCAACGGCAGAAGAGGCGGACGGGGGCCCUGACACUAGGCAGGGGUGGAAAGCGCAACGGGGUUGUAGAUGCCUGGGCUGGGCCAGCCCGGGUGUGUGAUGAGGAGGCCCUGACGGCAGCAGCAGGAGGGCCUGGGGGUGAGAGGGGCCCCGGGGUGUCUGAGGUGGACGGGUCUGGCCAGCAGCCCAUGCUCACCACAUUCUUUGAAAAACGCAAGUCACACCGGGACUCAGUGGAGCUGGUGGAGCUGGAAGCCAGGUCAGCCCUGGUCCCAAAGGGGGAGGAGGAGCCACUGAUGGACAACAAGGAGGAGGCUGCCGAGGUCCCCGCUUCAGAGGGACCAGAAGCCGGGGAGGUGGAGGCCCCUCAGUGCUUCUGAAGAAAGAGAGCCAAGGUCAGAAUCAUUCCCAGCUUCUAUUACCUGCUGUCCCAUCAUCACUUGAAGGCUCCUUGUCACCCAGCAUGUUUGUCCUGAACCCCACGCAGCUUCUCAACCCAGGGUCUCCCAGCCAGCGCCCACACCCGGUGCCUGGAGGGCCUACACCCACGGAGGCGCUUUCAAACUGAACCAAUAACCCUUCCUCCUCCAUUCUGACUUCUCCCCGCUGCUGCUCAGUCUCCAUAAUGUCGAGCUUCCUUGACCUGUAAUUUCUCAGAGGACCCCCCCAUCCCCUGGGGACCGCAGAGUCUAGGAGUCAUAACCCAGAGUGAUCCCACCUAGGAUCAUUCUGGAAACUACUUUUGGUCCAUAGACUGGGACAGUCUUCUUGGACAGUCAGCCCACAAACCUCCUCUAACUCUGUGCCAGGCAACAUCACCUAACUGUGCCUGGUGACAGCACAUGGACUCUUGGCUGGCCCCUGGCUCACGCUGCCACGCUCCCCUCCUCAAGCCUGUGGACUGAGGCUGCCAGAGGCAGCAGUUCCUCCUCCCCAAGGUAGGGGUGAGAAGCGUUUCCGGGCAGGUGUAACUCUCAGAAGCCCCAGCGCCAACGUGGGCCUGGCCACGGGUGCAGUUUGCGUGCUCUGUGGCUCUGCGUGUGAAGUGGUGGCGGUGAGUAGUGAAGUGUGGCAGUGAGGCCAGGGCAGGAGAGGCUGCAGAGCUGCCACCCAGCUGACAUCCCAUGGGCCCUUGUCUUGGCUCAGGUGGGGUGGGGGUAGUGGAUUUGCCCCUGUCUGCGGCCCAGUGAAGAAUGCCGGGCUUGAUGGAAAGACUUCUGGUGUGACCUGAGUGUAGUUCUUCAGCUCAGGCCUCUGUCUGUCCUGCUCUCAGCCUCCCCGGCUCCAGCCCGAUCACUCUCCAGGAAUGGGGAGAGGAAGCCCAGAGAGCGGGGGAACUGGCUGUUACCUGUGUAAUAUGUUUGUAUUUCGUCUCCCAUGGGGCUCCUUCCCUCCUCCGAGGAGAAUCAGUGAGACCGGCAGGCCCCCAGAACUGGGAGCUUCCCCUGUGGCUCCAGGAGAGGAAGGGAGUGGGGGCUGGGGAGGGGUGGGGACAGGACCCCACCCCAGGCCAGAGCCCAGGGGCCACAUAAGCCAUGCCAAGGCCAGAGGCGCUAGGUACUUCCCCAGGACAAAGAGGAAAUUUGCAAAGAGGAAGUUGUUGAGUCAUAAGGCACAGCAGCUUUGAGGAGACAGGUUGACCUACACAGAAGAGGUCCUUGGAAGGGUGGGAGCAUGACUGCCCCAUGGCCCAAAAGGGAGGGAAGGGAUCUGGAAGCAGGUGCGGCAUCUGUUCUUGCCCUGGGGGGAAGGGAGGGGAGAGAGAGAGAGACAGAGACAGAGACACAGAGAGAGAGAGAGACAGAGAAGGGACAGAAAGUGGCCAUGGAUCCACGCAGCCAUGCAGCCAUGCAGCCACCACAGUUUGUGCCGCCUGUGCUUGGUCUGGGGGCAGGCUGAGCUGGACAGAAAUACAGCCCUCAGCAGCCAAGCCGGGUACCACCACAGCUGUCCCUGGGUGUCUUUUCCCACUUCUCACAGGGCGCCGUUUAGACAAUUCAGAACUGAAUUCAAACUCCCUUGCUCUUAGCUGGAGCAGCCAGAUUGUGUCCCCAAAGUCCCUCAGACACACUGUAACUGUUGUCACAGGUUUGCCCAACCGAGCACCCCAAUUUCAGGUUUAGAAGAAUAUUGUCUCGAACUCAGAGGCCAUCAGCUCUGUCCCUCUCUGUGGACAUGUGUGAUUCCUUUUCUGAACUACUCCUGGUGUCUGGGUCAUGGGUGGAUCCUGAAGGAAAUGGGGUGGAUAGGUAAGGCACCCAAUAGGGCUCUUGCAGCCUGGAAAAUAACACAGAAUGUGAAAAGUGUUCAAAUAGAGGCACAGACAAAAUUUUACAUGUGUACACACUGUUCCUGGGGGAAGGGUAGGAGGCUCCACUGCAGACCUGACUUAGCUCUGGAUCCUGUUCAGGGACUUUGUCUGAUUCACUGCUAUGCUCCAGGUGGCUACUAUGCCAGCAAGUGAGGGGUCCUCAGAAAAUAGUCAUCUGAAUGAAAGCAUGCAUGCUAAAUAUCAUGUUUUCAAAAACUAUGCAAUGACUUUGAAAAAUGUCUACAAUAUAAUGUUACCUGGGAAGGAAAACUGGUUACUAAUCUGUAAAUACUUACAAAUUUAUUUUUGCAAUGAAAAUGCAAAAACAUAGGGGCACCCAGGUGGCUCAGUCUAUUAGGCCGAACUUUGAUUUCAGCUCAGGUUGUGAUCUCAGGGUCGUGAGAUCAUGCCCCGAGUCAGGCUCCAUGGUUAGCAAGGAGUCUACUUGAGAUUCUCUUUCCCUCUCUCUCUGCCCCUCCCUGAGCACCCCCAUCCCUGCUCGUGUACAUACUCUUUCAUAAAUAAAUAAAUAAAUAUUUUUUUUAAAAAGAAAAAAUAUUUGAAGGGUAUAUCCCCAAUGUUUACUGUAGUUAUCUGUCAGUAAUAAGCUUAUGAAUGAUUUUUGUUUUGUUUAUAUUUUCUGUGUUUUCCAAGUUUUAAAUAAUAAAAGCCUAUCACUCUUAAAAUUAGAAAACACAUCAACAAGAGAGUGUCUGCUGAGAGGAUGAGAUGUCUGGUUCAAGGAGAGAAGGCUGGAAGGGCAGGUUGGAGGUCCUCUGUGAAGGGCAAGGGAAUUUGAAUUCAGUUCUGAAAGCAAUGGGGAGGUCACCAAACCUAAGUAUGUUCUAGACUCUUCCAGGGCCUCACGAAACCACACUCCUUCCUGCCCUUGGUUCUUGGGUGCCAAGUUCCCCUGACCCUUCUUCCACAAUCCCUUGGAGCUGUUCCUUCUCCCAGACCCUAACACAUCUUGCCUGAGUCCUGCCCAGUCUUCUCUUUGGGUUUCUUGACCCAAAUAACUUCCACCCUCUGCCCACAAUGGUCCCACUGACCCUUCUAAAAGACCACUCUGUCCAGGUUAUCCCUGAACCUCUUAUGGCACUCAAGAUAGAGCCUUAGCAUGCAGGAUAAGACCCCUUUAAGAUCUCGGUCUGCCUGGCCAGUCCUUGGUGCAAACACUGCACUCUAGCCUCAUCAAAUUCCUUGUAGUAGGGCAACCCAGGUGGCUCAGUGGUUUAGCACCUGCCUUCAGCCCAGGGCGUGAUCCUGGAGACCAGGGAUUAAGUCCCACGUCAGGCUCCCUGCAUGGAGCCUGCUUCUCCCUUUGCUGUGUCUCUGCCUCUCUCUCUCUCUCUCUGUGUCUUUCAUGAAUAAAUAAAUAAAAUCUAAAAAAAAAAAAAAAGUUCCUUGUAGCUCCCUGAAUAUGCCAUGUGAUUUUCUUGGUGUGUGUGUGGGGGAAGGGGGGGUAUAGUUUAAAAUGUUAAAAGUAAGGGAGGU